AUGUCCAAUGCCCAAGACAAGAACCAGUCUGAAGCCCUUGAUGUUGAAGAAAAGGGACAUUCUGAUCACCUUGAGAAGCAUGACACUCACAUCUUCUCGGCGGUUGAUGAAACCGGUACACACAAGAAAAUCGAUCCAGCUGAAAUCAAGCUGGUGAAGAAGCUGGAUUGGAUUAUUCUUCCGAUUCUGUGGAUCAUGUACUGGUUCAAUUACCUCGACCGCAAUGCUAUUACCGUUGCGCGUCUGGAUGGCUUGGAGAAGGAGCUUAACCUGACUUCUACGGAGUAUCAAACAUGUGUUUCCAUCCUAUUUGUGGGAUACAUCCUCGGCCAAAUUCCUUCCAACAUGCUCAUGACUAGAAUCCGACCUUCCCUCUACAUGUCCGGCGCUAUGGCUCUCUGGGCUGUUGUGAGCACUCUCACCGCAAUCUGCCAUGACUUCAAGGGCCUCGUCCUUACGCGAUUCUUCCUCGGCGUCACCGAAGCCCCUUUCUACCCAGGCGCUCUAUACGUCCUCUCGAUCUUCUAUACCAAGAAAGAGAUAGCAACUCGUAUCUCCAUCUUAUUCACAGCCAACAUCUGCGGAACUGCAUUUGCAGGACUUAUCGCAAUUGGCGUGUUUGAGAUGAGCGGCGUUGCAGGUCUAGCCGGAUGGAGAUGGCUCUUCAUUCUCCAGGGCAUCAUCACUUUUGUUAUCUCCCUCGCUUCAGCCUUUAUCUUGCCAGAUGAGCCCAGCAAUACCCGUUGGCUCACAGAAGAAGAGAGGAUAUUGGCCCACGAGCGAAUUGCCGCAGAUACUGUUCAGAUCCGAACCAACACGACGACUUUUGCUGGACUGAUUGAUGCCUGUAAGGACCCUCGUCUUUGGGUCCUCGUCUUCAUGCAACACUUCCACAUGGCCGCCAGCAACUUCAAGAACUUCUUCCCCACUAUCGUUGGAACACUUGGCUUUGAUCGCAAUACGACACUCGCUCUGACCUGUCCCCCAUACAUCGUGUCAGGUAUCGUCUGCAUCGCAUGGGCCGCAAACUCUGGCCGGAUGAACGAAAGAACCUGGCACAUUACCCUCGCGAAAGUCAUGGCUGUGUUCGGCUUCAUCUUAGCUUGUACCGUUCACAAUACUGGCGCCCGAUACUUCGCAAUGUGCGUCUUUGCCAGCGGUGUCUACGCCUGUAACAGUGUUAUCCUCGGUUGGGUCGCCAGCACAUGCGGUCAGACCCGAGAGAAGAAGGCUAUAUCUCUUGCUCUAGCAAACACGGUUGCCACGCUUGGACCUAUCUACACUCCGUAUCUCUGGCCGAGUUCAGAUGAGCCUAUGUACCCUGUUGCCAUGUCCAGCAGUGCCGCCUUUUCCGCUGCAUCGGCUGUCUUGGCCUGGGUUCUAAGAUGGAUGCUCAUCCGUGAGAAUCGCAAGAUUCGGGCUUCGAACAACGAGGAGAGACUAUUUUACGCAUAUUAA